GGUUUGAGCGCGAACGCAUGCUCGAGCUCUUGGAGGUUCGGCUCGAGGCGUCCGGCUUUCGUACAUUUGGCCGCUGCAAGCUUUUCCAGAAUGAUGCGCUUGACAGACUGGGGAAUUGCACCUUCUAGUACCUAUGACGUUCGGAUCGAGGGUUAUUGUGAAAUAAGUGGCAAGUUCGUGGCUACAGCAGACAUUCUUGAUCGUCUGAAUAGAACACGAAUCCUGUGUGUUGACGGCAAGAGCUAUAAGCUUGUGGGACCGUUCGACCGAGUUUCGGGUGAGGAAGGAAACAUUCCGUCCAGAAUACUCGACGCAUUUGUGCAUGGUGUGCCGCGGAACUGGAGACAAGUCAUACGUGGUUGGUCGGAACAGGAAUCCAAAACAAAGGGCCGGGGUAGCCGUGAAGCCAAAAGCAGGUCGAAGCACCCAGACCACCACCCUCAGCGUUAUGCUGAUAGACGCUUUCAGAAGGUGCAUCGAGACGGUGCGUCCAACUCCCAGCAGCACAGACAUCAACGACAGAGCCGUGCUACAUUCGCCUCGGUGCCUUCGUUAACCAAGCAGCAAUCAACUCUCAAAAGCGGCGCGGGCAUUGCCGGUAGCCAUGAAGCCGAAAGCACGUCGAAGCGCCCAUACCACCCUCCUCAGUGUUGUUAUGCCGAUGGACGUUUUCAGAAGAUGCAGCGAGAUGGUGCGCCUAAUUUCCAGCAGCACAGACAUCAACGACAGAGCCGUGCUACAUUCGCCUCGGUGCCUUCGUUAACCAAGCAGCAAUCAACUCACAAGAGCGGCGCGGGCAUUACCGGUAGCCAUGAAGCCGAAAGCACGCAGAAGCACCCAGACCACCCUCCUCAGUGUUGUUCUGCUGAUGGACGUUUUCAGAAGAUGCAGCGAGACGGUGCGCCUAAUUUCCAGCAGCACAGACAUCAACAACAGAGCCGUGCUACAUUCGUCUCGGUGCCUUCGUUAACCAAGCAGCAAUCAACUCACAAGAGCAGCGAGGGCAUUGCCGGUAGCCAUGAAGCUGAAAGCACGCUGAAGCACCCAGACCACCCUCAGUGUUAUUCUGCUGAUGGUUGUUUUCAGAAGAUGCAGCGAGACGGUGCGCCUAAUUUCCAGCAGCACAGACAUCAACGACAGAGCCGUGCUACAUUCGUCUCGGUGCCUUCGUUAACCAAACAGCAAUCAACUCUCAAGAGCGGUGAGGGCAUUGCCGGUAGCCAUGAAGCCGAAAGCACGUUGAAGCACCCAGACCACCCUCCUCAGCAUUGUUCUGCUGAUGGGCAUUUCCAGAAGAUGCAGCGAGACGGUGCGCCUAAUUUCCAGCAGCACAGACAUCAACGACAGAGCCGUGCUACAUUCAUCUCAGUGCCUUCGUUAACCAAGCAGCAAUCAACUCUCAAGAGCGGCGAGGGCAUUGCCGGUAGCCAUGAAGCCGAAAGCAUGUUGAAGCACCCAGAACACCCUCCUCAGCGUUGUUCUGCUGAUGGGCAAUUCCAGAAGAUGCAGCGAGACGGUGCAUCCAACUCCAAGCAGCACAGACAUCAACGACAGAGCCAUGCUACAUUCGCCUCGGUACCUUCGUUAACCAAGCAGCAAUCAGCUCUCAAGAGCGACACGGUCAGUGCCGGUAGCUACACUUAUCCUAUGCUUCUCAAGGAAGUCAGAAUUGUCAUUGAAAGACUGCCUGCGGCGAUAUUGUUGGAAACAAUGAAUGGAGCCAGUGCGGUGGGACCGAGCAGCAGUACGCUUAGUCGUGUGCCAAGGUCUGGGGAGAAAACAAGAAACCAAUCAACUUUGACUCAAGCAUCAUUUUCUGGUAAAGCAAGGUGCAAGGUAGAGAAAGAACUUGGAGCAACUAUGGGCACACCCUUAAGAAGUCGUUCAUGCCCUGCCAUGCAGGCUAGAGCCCAUGAUGUACCAGGUGAUGGAGUGUGUACACGGGCACGAUCGGCUAGUGCGCAGCGAAACUUGCGGAGCACAAAGAAAGACAAGCAGCCUACUCGUUAUGUGAAUGCACAAAUCAAAGAAACCUCAACUUGUAAAACGCAACUGAAGAGGCGAAGCAUUUCUGGCAACACAGGUAAAAAAAGAGCUGCAUUCCUCAAACCUGUCAGUGUUACUGCAUCGCCUGUAGCCCAACUAGCUUUACCAGUACUAGCAACACGGACGUACAGAAAGGAACGUAGUCAUCAAGGACAAAGGAAAGGCACAAAGCAGAAAGAGAAACUGAUGUUAGAGAAACGCCACACUGCUUGUGGCAUGGAGCAAACGGGUAUUCAGCUCAUAAGUUCAAAACUUAACAUCUUACCUGCAAGGCAACAGAAAGAAACUAAAGGUCUGGGAGAGUGCACUUCCACUAUUAUUGGCAAGCAGUAUUCAUUGCGCACCAAUAACAAGUCAAGCAAUACAGAGUUGAAUGCAGCCAGACAGAAAUUGGACAACAAAAGUUCACUGUCGGAGCACCAGCACGAGGCUGCAGAAGAGAAUAACAUUGUCCCUACAGAACAUGAAUCCAAGCACAGUGAAAGUGCAUGUGUGCAAACCAGAAGCGGGGGGCACUAUUAUCCAAGCAAGAACACUGAACCUAAAGGCAAGCUUGGAGCCAAGUCGUUAGAAGUGUUGCCAGCUAAGCAUAAGCUAAACCUGGACAGUGUUCAGAGUGCAGCAAGUGGGAAACAGCAAACAGGUGUUCCACACAGAAGCCGUAUGUCCCAUGACAACACAUUUGCACAGCAGCAGAAAGCAACUGAUAGUCGGGAAGAGUGCAGUUCCACCAUUAACCAGCAGCGUCCAUCAUGCACUAGGAGUAAAACGGACAGUGCAGAUUCUAUACCAGUACCAGCAAAACAGAAAUUAGAUGGAAAGAAGUCAUCAGGGACCCAAAAGAAGCCUGCAAGAAAGAGCAACUGUCACCCUGAAGGACAGGAAGAACGCCGAUAUAGCACUAGGAGUUGUGCAGUGGCCAGACACAAGCUUGCAACCAAAUCAUUGCGUGAUUUGCCAGCUAAGCACAAAUUGAAACUGGGCACUUCUCACUGCACUGCAGGGGGGGAUGGCAAGCAGCAGACAGCUGCUGUACGCAGGAGCUGCACCUCGGGCAAAAGCAUGGUUACAAAGCAGGAGAAAGCAACUGCGGAUGAAGCACCACAGAGGUCUCCCAUAGUCAGAUCGCGGCGUGCCUCAAGCGCCAAGUUUAACACUGGCAGUGCAGGGUCAGUGUCAGGCAAAGGUGAACAGAAAUUGAGUGUCAGUUCAUCAGGACGUCAGGAUGACACUGCGAGUCAAAGAAGAGCACCAAAAAGAAAACAUUCUUUGGCAUCUUCACCUGAUUUGUUGCCCAUAAAAAAAACAUUCAGAGAUAUUUCUUCAACCAAUGUUGCAGCUAGGGCUGAUACUGGUUCUACAGCAGGCGAGCAGAAACAAAGUGAAACUUCCACAGGACUUCAAGAGGAUGUUUGCUCCAAGAACCAAAGAGAAACAUCAAUUAAAUCUGUAGCCACAUCUUCAUCUGCAACAUUGCCUAAGAAGCCAACCACUGGAGAUAUUUCUAAAGCUAAAGCUGUGAAAAGUGGUCAUGUCAAAAAGCACAGUAAUGGCACUGGCAGAAAAAGAGGGAAGCAACAAAUGUCAGUAAAAGUUCACAGUACAGGCAGUCAUGCAGACUCUCUCAGACAGCACAGUGGUGAAGGUGCUAACACCUCCAAAAGUGAAAUACAAGUAGAACAGAUGGCAUCCGAAAGUCAGACGACACCCGAGUUGGAUCUCCCAAGUACAUGGAAAAUGGGUCACAGUGAACAAGUUGAGCCUUCUACAAAACCAGAACAAUGCAAGCGAGGUCGCAGCACAAAUGCUCGAAGUCAGGACCCAAAGUCUAAAGCAACUGAAUCAACGGAGGCAUUGCUGGCAAUAACAGCCAGGAAGGGCACUCUGAAACGUAAGGCACAAAUCAAGAAGCUGACAGAUGCACUGGCAGCGAAGGAAGCUUGCGACGACAUUUACCAGUCUCAGGCCUCACCUGCAAACAUCCCGGAUUACUUCGUUAUACAGGAACCGUGGGACGAUCUGUCUGAUUUCCAGGCAUCUAGAAUGACAACACCCGUGCCAAAUUCCCCUCAUCUCAGCCCUGGGAAGAGCCAGUUCUCAUUUUCUACUGUAAGCACUGCAUCAACAUCAGAAUCACCUAGAACCAUAGCUGCAAUCAUACAGAGCAUCCGGAAGCAAGGUCACGCUGUCAAUCUGAAAUCCUCAACACCAAAGUCUAGGUAUACAAAAAAAAAUCAGAAUGUGAAGACGGUGGCACAAGGACUGCGGAAUCUGGAGGCCAUGCUAGAGAAAGAAAGGCUGAAAGAAAACUGUGAGGAUUCCGAUGAGGAAUCUGAGGACUCAGACUUUGAAAGUAGUCAAGAUGAUGAACAAUUUCCUUUUAACUGAUAUAUCCAAAUUUUAAAUCUUUUGACCAUUGCACAGAGGGAGCACUUUUGUGUGAAGUACUUUUAUCACUCUGCUGAGUCAUUAAUGCUUGAUGUGUCAUUCAUCUUACAAAUCAGCAGCAUCAGUAAAUGAAGUUAGAGUGUUACUUAAAAGUCUAACUUAAAAGUGUUAGGCUCAUGGAGUUUUCGUUUGCAGCAGCUGACUCUGAAUUGUCCUUUCUUUAUUUGAAAGGUAGAUUCUUCAAUUACCUAAGUGCCAGCAAAUUAUUUAAUUUACUUAUGCAGUAAUUGUUGCCUGAUUGUUGUUUAUUGGUUAAGCACCUCCUUCAGUAUCAAACCAACAUGUGCAAAAGUUAUCUUUGCAAUUAACUUUCCCUGCAUUCGGUAAAGUAGGUGCAAUUAUUAAAUUCUUUUUCUCGCAAAGUAACACAAGCCUCAAAUUGAUGUGCAGUGAACUGCUUACUGUCAUACAUUUUUGGAACAUGCGAGUGAGAUUUAGGUGCACGUUAAAGAACCCCAAGUGGUCCAAAUUUCCGGAGUCCCCCAUUACGGCGUGCCUUUUGGCAUGUAAAACUCCAUAAUUUUUUUUUUUUUUAGUGAUCUACCAUGACCUUGAAUUGUUAAGUCUAAAGCUUAUUCUAUGGUUAAUGACAUAUCAACAUAAUGCUCUUCCAGACUUCACAUGGGGUGCAUAAAUAUUGUAAGUGGAUGCCCACUUAACAUUUGUAUGUGGUAGGCCUUGGGUGGUCAUCAGUCCAAGCACCUGCGCUUUACCAGUGACUACAACUUCUAGUGAUUUUUUUGUACUUGCUAAAGCUCACAUGUUAUCUUGAUGCACUGAACAUCAUGGCUGCAUUGGGCAGAAUUGACAAGCAUUUGUGGGCAGAGUUAACAUAUCCUAUGUAUGUGAGUGCCCAUGUCAUUGAUAUGUGUAGCUCAAGAAUAAAGCUUGGAGAGUGCCUCCUGUCAA